GGGACAUCUAGUGAGGACAUGGAAAUGAAAAAUGCAACACUGGUGACAGAGUUUGCCCUUGAAGGACUCCCCUAUAAACCAGAAUGGCAGAUCCCCCUGUUCCUGGUGUUCCUGGCAAUAUACCUCACCACUAUUGUGGGAAACCUCGGUCUCAUUACUCUCAUCAGGAAUGACCCUCACCUUCACAUACCCAUGUAUUAUUUCCUUGGGAAUUUAGCCUUUGUUGAUGCUUGGGUGUCAUCUACUGUGACACCAAAGAUGCUGGCUAACUUAUCAGGUAAAGAUAAGAUGAUGUCUUUGUCUGAAUGCAUGAUACAAUUUUUCUCCUUUGCCAUCAGUGUAACCACAGAAUGUUUCCUCUUGGCAUCAAUGGCUUAUGAUCGCUAUGUUCCCAUAUGCAAACCUUUACUUUACCCACUGAUUAUGACCACUAGACGUUGCAUCCAGCUAUUAGUGUCAUCAUUUGUAGGUGGCAUUAUUCAUGCCAUAAUUCAUGAAAGUUUUCUAUUCAGAUUAACCUUCUGUAAUUCCCACAUCAUACAUCACUUUUAUUGUGAUAUCAUACCAUUGUUAAAGAUUUCCUGUACUGAUCCUUCUAUUAAUUUUCUAAUGAUUUUCAUUUUCUCUGGUUCAAUACAAGUAUUCAGCAUAGUGACUAUUCUUUCUUCUUACACACUUAUUCUCCUUACAAUUUUAAAGAAGAAGUCUGAAAAAGGUGCAAAAAAAGCCUUUUCCACUUGUGGAGCCCAUCUCUUCUCUGUGUGUCUGUACUAUGUCCCUCUACUUUUCAUGUACGUGCAUCCAGCAUCUUCACAAGCAGAUGAUCAGGAUAUGAUUUUCUCUCUGUUUUAUAUGGUCAUAAUCCCUGUGUUAAAUCCACUAAUAUACAGCCUGAGAAACAAGCAAGUCAUAGAUGCACUGAGAAAGAUGUUAAGGAGAAAUGCUUAG